CCCACUCGCCUGCCACCCCUCUCCCUCGUACUCCCCCAACCUCACUCACAUCAAAGCAGUUACCAGAAAUACGUCAGCAUGGCUUCUGACAGAUCGGUGAGUGCCUCGGACGAUCGCCGCGGUGCGGGGUCCCCGGAAAUAUACCCCCGUCAUCAACGCCGCAAUGCUCGUGCGGCCAUCUGCUGCAUCUCUCUCGAUCUCUCUCUCGCCAUCUCUCCAGCUCGCUAUUCUCGCUCUUCUCGUCGUCGCUGCUCGCAGUGGGGUAUACAAGCAGCCCCGCUCCAUUCUUGCCCUCUGGCAUCUAGCGCUCAUCAAGCCACCCACCACCCGGCUCUGCUCGCACGACCUCAUCGCGAUGGACUACGACCCCCCGCCAUGCGGCGAGCCCAUCCCUCCAUUCCUCGCUAAAAUCCGUGCCAGCGCGCGCGCGCCCAUCUCCGUCCCCCUCGCUGCAACAGACGGCGGGUCUAGCACAAACACACUGUAUAUCCCCCCGCCCCCGCCUGCAGUUGAGGAGGACGUAGUUCCGCCCGAGAACUUCUCGGCGGUCACUCACGGCGUGUACCGCUCGGGCUUUCCCAAAAAGCGCAACUUCAAGUUCCUCGAGACGCUGCAGCUCAAGACUGUUCUAACGUUAGUCCUCGAGGACUACCCCGAAGCCAACCUCCAAUGGUGCCAGGACCAGGAUAUCCAGUUCAUGCAAUUCGGCAUUCCCGGCAACAAAGAGCCGUUCGACAACAUCCCCGAAGACGUGAUCUGCUCGGCGCUCGUGGCCAUUCUCGACCGCCGGAACCACCCCCUCCUCAUCCACUGCAACAAGGGCAAGCACCGCACCGGCUGCCUUAUCGGCUGCAUCCGCCGCCUGCAGAGCUGGAGUAUGACGUCGAUCUUUGACGAAUACCGCCGCUUCUCGGCGCCCAAGUCGCGCGCUGUCGACCAGCAGUUCAUCGACCUCUUCGACCUCGCGCCCGUGUGGGAGGAGGUCAUGAGCCCCAUGGGCGGCGGGCUCGCCAACUUGCCCGCGUGGCGCAUGCUUGCCUUGCCAAUGAGAUUGGCGACGAAGCGGAGCGCGAUGGAGCGCGAGAAGGGUGAGCGGGACGAGAGGGAGAGACGGCGCCGCGAGGCUGUCGCGGUGACGGGGCCGGUCGCGAUGAUUGACGCGCCGCCGGUCGUGGAUAUUGGCAUGGAGGUGGUUGCGAGGUAGGCGGUGGGAAGGGGACGUUUGUAAAAUGUAAUAUGAACGAUGGCAGUUGUCAACCAAGG